UCACGAAUGGCUGUAAAUAUGGCCAUCGGACUGAUUAAGUCAGCCGUGGUGACAUUUUCGGAGGUGGUUGGAGAGAGAAGCAAACAGAUAAGCGGUGCUAUGCAUGAACCGCUGCGGCAGCGCAAAUUGCUGCUUAUCAUCGUGUGUAUAGCAAUGCUACUGGACAACAUGCUCUAUAUGGUGAUUGUACCCAUUGUACCAAACUAUAUUGAAACAUUAAGAACUUACAAAGUGGUGUACGUCACAGUACCCACCAAUGGGACCAAUGGGUCUUUGUUCAACUCGACGCGGAAAGCUGUCUCGGAGAGAAGCCCCAACGCAAACGAAGACGUCCAGAUUGGAGUGCUGUUCGCCUCCAAAGCCAUCCUCCAGCUGAUCUCUAACCCAUUGACAGGUCCCUUCACCGACCGCGUAGGCUAUGACAUUCCGCUGCUGAUCGGGCUCGCUAUUAUGUUCUUAUCCACCCUCACGUUUGCCUUCGGCGAGAGCUAUGCCAUGUUAUUCAUAGCCAGGAGUAUGCAGGGGUUGGGGUCCGCCUUCGCGGACACCUCGGGAAUCGCCAUGAUCGCCGACAAGUACCCCGAGGAGUCGGAGAGGAGCCGAGCCCUGGGCAUCGCCUUGGCUUUCAUCUCCUUCGGUAGCUUAGUGGCGCCCCCCUUUGGUGGUAUAUUAUACAAGUUCGCGGGCAAGUGCGUUCCCUUCUUAGUGCUUUCUGUUGUCUCUCUGCUGGACGGUAUUUUGUUGCUAAUGGUCAUUAGGCCCUUCUCUAGUAGAACACGUCAGAAUAUGCCGCAGGGCACCCCCAUCUAUAAACUGAUGAUCGACCCCUACAUUGCUGUUGUGGCCGGGGCUCUCACCACCUGUAACAUUCCCCUGGCUUUCUUAGAGCCGACAAUAUCAAAGUGGAUGAAAAAGACAAUGAACGCUGGUGAAUUGCAAAUGGGACUCACGUGGCUGCCGGCAUUCUUCCCCCACGUCCUAGGCGUGUACAUCACUGUAAAGUUAGCCGCUAAAUACCCCAAUUACCAAUGGUUCUACGGAGCGUUAGGUCUGGUUAUUAUAGGUGCUAGUUCGUGCACGAUCCCAGCCUGCAGAAAUUUUGAAGAACUCAUCUUCCCGUUGUGCGCCCUCUGCUUUGGGAUUGCCCUGGUGGACACUGCCCUCCUGCCCACCCUUGCCUUCCUUGUUGAUAUUCGUUAUGUGUCCGUGUACGGUAGCGUCUAUGCCAUCGCUGAUAUCUCCUAUUCCGUUGCCUAUGCCUUGGGCCCCAUUGUGGCCGGACAGAUCGUUCACACUUUGGGGUUUGUGCAACUCAGCCUUGGCAUGGGGUUGGUCAAUAUCCUCUACGCCCCUACGCUGCUGUUCCUCAGAAACGUGUGUCAAAUGAAACCCUCUCUGUCCGAGAGAAAUGUCCUUUUGGAGGAGGGACCAAAAGGUUUGUAUGACACCAUCAUAAUGGAAGAACGCAAAGCGACUAAGAAAACUCACGUUAGCUCGGCAAGCAAUCUCUCCACGCCCUCGGUCCUGGAUAACUCCGACCAAGAGGACUCCAGUGAAUAAUUCCGCGUGAAGAUGAUUCAUUCAGUAGUGACCAUAGUUAGACUGAUUUCCACACACUUCAAUCGUCGCAGGACAUAACU